AUGACCUCAAUUAUUCAACCGUCAACACAAUCCUCGUCUUUUUUAUCGUUAUCAUUUGAACCACAUGUCCGAAGUAAAGUUUUACCAUUAUUGUCACCACAACAAAUACACAGAUCAAAGAAUACUCGGCAUGUUAUCAAUUGUAACCAUUUAUGCCACAAAUCUUCAGCGGAUGGGAACUUAUUGAAUAAUAUGACACAUCCACAUGUAGUUAAACAUCAUUUGUCUUGUAAACCAGAGGCUACUCCGACUAAUAUUCCAAAGACAUUACUUUUAUCUCCACCACUACCAAUACGUCGUAGACCCUGUGAUUCACUAACAUCACAUCGUUGUUCAAGAGGUUCAACUAGUCGAUCAUUAUCUUCGGAUCAUUGUGAACGCAAUCAUUCAACUUUAGAUGAUGAAUACUUCCAAACAAAAACUUCUUUUCAGUCAUUAAAUUCAACUACAAAUAAAUUAAUCAAAUCGCAAUCACCUCCAAUGAGAUUGAAAAAGUCUUCACAUUUUAUAUCAUUAACUAAAAACAAUGAAUUUAAUUCAGAUGAUUUAUUAUGUACUAAAAAUGAUGCAAAUCAUCACCAGGUUGCUAAUCAAUUAAAUAAAGAAGAAUUUUCACGUCUUGCUGUUGGUUUUCGAUGGAAUUACAUUUUUGUAAAAUUAUCUAAUUGGUUUCAACGUGUACAUACAAUAAAUUAUUCAAGAACAUCAUCAGAUCGUGUAUCAUCUUCCAUACCGAUACAUAAUAAUAAAUCUGCCUCUAUUUCAAAUUCUUAUCGUUAUCAAGUAAGAAAAUUUGAACCGAUUAGAUCACGAAGUCAAUCAGAUGAAAAAUCUGGCAAAAUUAAAUCUAACCUACAUAAUAAUGAUCAUUUUUGUAGUGAUUCUAAAACAAAAAUACAAUUAUCAAGUGAAAUUAAUAAUUCUAAUCGAAAUAUUUUAUCAUCAAAUAUUGAAUGUAUAAACAAUUUGAAAAAGGGAAGUUUACCAUUCUUUUCAUCAUCAUUAAUAUCUAAUGAGAAAUCAGUUGAAAAUUUAAUAGGUUUUUGUCAUACUGAUCAAUCUCCUAUAGUUUCCAAUAAUAAUUCUUGCAGUUCAAUUAUUUCUCUCAAUGAUUUAACAUACAGUAAAUUUCAUGAAAUCUCACCAAAAUAUAGUGAUAUAAAUUGUUUUUGUACUCAAAGUUGUCCAAUAAAUUCACAUCAAUUAAAUGAACUACAUCUUGAUAAUGAGAUAUCAUUUACAUCAUGUGUAUCUGAUUGUUGUUUUUGUCAAAGAUACCUCAAUUAUUGCGAUCAUAAUCGGUUAGUUUCAUUUUCUUCUAAUAAUCAAUAUGAACAAGAUGAUCGAAUUGUACAAUCAUCACAUUAUCAUGAUCUAAAACAACAGUAUUACCACCAUUAUUAUUCUUGUCAACAUCAUCACCAUUAUCAUCAUCAUCAUCAUCAUCGUCGACUACAACAUCAUCAUCAUUUAAGUCAUGAUUUCAAUCAACGUCAUAUAAAGUUCACGAAUAAUCAACACACAACAAAUACAUGUUGUACAAAUUAUCCAAAACAAAACAAAGCUGUAAGAAAUUUUCAUUUGAAUUUAGAAAACCAAUAUACUACUAUUGGUCAACUAGAUCAAAUGAGAUCUGAUUGUAGGAAAAUAUCUCCAUCGGAUAAUAAGAAAAUUGAUUGUUCAUCACCUGUUAUCACUUUACAGUGUUUAAAUUUUACAGGAAAACAAUCAAAUAGAUUAGACGAUAAUAUUGGCAAUGUAACAAGUGUAGAUAAUAAUAAUAAUAAUAAUAAUAAUAAUAAUAAUAAUAAUAAUAAUAAUAAUAAUAAUACAAUAGAUAAUGAGCAUUCAAUCAAUACAAGAAAUAUCUCAUCAUGUUCCAUAGAUUAUCAUCAUAUUCAAACGCUUGUACAAAAUCCUGAGCAUGACGUUGUUGAGCAUAUGAAUGAAGGUGACAAAAUUGUUAAAUGUACAAACUCAGAAAUUAUAUGUUCAAAUUUAGUUAAUGGUAAAUCUUUUGAUAAAAAAGUACAUUCGACGAAUAUUUCAAAACCUGAUAUUACUACUACUACUGCUAAUACAUUUCUUCAUCAAAAGUUUGUAACAGAUUUGAUACUUUUAAAACGCAUUGGUUGGUACUGGGGUCCGUUGACAGUGGAUGAAGCUGAAUUGCUAUUAAAAAACUGCACAGAUGGAACUUUUCUUGUACGUGACAGUAGUCAUGAUUCAUAUAUUUUAAGUGUCAGUUUUCGCUCUGGUGGUCAAAUUUAUCAUACAAGGAUUGAACAUCUGGCUGGUAAAUUUAGCCUGGCUCUGUUAAAUGAUUUAAAUGACAAUGUUUCAUCAAGUGUAGCUGAAUGUAUUGAACGUGUAAUGGUUGAUUCUUUUCAAGAUCGUAUGCAUUUUUUACCAACUCUUGAUGACUCUUCACCAUCUAUUAAUAUUAAUACCAGUGUACAGUUUAUUAAUAAUGAUCAACAUCAAUCUGACCAACAUCGGCAACUUCAACAAUUUAAUAAUAAUAAUAAUACAUCACAACCAUUCGAAUCCACACGCCGUUCUACCUCUACUACACAUAUUAAAGCUUCUUUAAUUCAUCCAUUGUCACGUUUUUUAAUUGUUCCAUCAUUAGUACAUUUAUGUCGUUUUGAAUUGCUAUUACAUGUUCGACAUGAUCAUAUUGAUUUAUUACCAUUACCACCGCAUAUAUUACGUUAUUUAAAAGAAAGUCAAUAUUAUGCAGAAUUUAUUCCAGCUUAUUUAGAAUUAUUAACCAAUAUGAAUAGUAAUAAUGAUAAAGUUUAAUCAUAAUUCUAAUAAUAAUAAUAAUAAUAA